AUGGACCUAUCUCAAGAUGACCUUACCUCGGUUCGUCAAGAAGUUCUACACAAACUUAUCCUACGGCAACCUAACCCCGGUUCCCCCCAAAAGUCUUACAUGGAUUUAGCUCAAGAUAACCUCACCCCGGUUCAUCAAGAAGUUUUACAUGAACUUACCUCACCAAGCAACCCUACACCGGUUCCCUCUCUUCAAAAUGCAGUUUUACAUGGACUCGUCACCCAGAAACCCUACACAGGUUCUCCCUUUCCAAGAACGAAGUUUGACAUGAACUCAUCAUCAAACCAAAAGCCACGGAAAGAGCGUCCUCGACGAAGUCUUCUUACCCCAGCGAAGUCUAUUCACACUUCCAACAAAAAGACAUCCUCAGCAAGUUACUAUCAACAUUCAGCAAAGCAUCUCUAUCCCCACAGAGUAUUGCUUCCCAGCAUGGUCGCUAGAGCAUCUUUUCUCCCUGCAAAAUCUUCCAUUUGCCAAGUUUAUUCCGCAACGGAGUCAUCUUCUCCUACCGGUAUUCUGGCAGUUAUCAUCCCCAGCGGAAGCGAAAGCUUAUCCUUCAAUAUCAGCCCAGGAUAUGACUUCCCGGCACCCGUCAAAGAUUUACUUUCCUAG